AUGGACACCGCGAAUUCGUCACAUUCUGCCCGAGAUAAGCGUAUCAAGUCUAUCAUAUCUUUCUGCCAUGAUCUCCAGAAGCAGUUGCCUAGCAAGAAUGAUGAACAAGCACUAAAUAGUCAAGUUGACGAGUUAGAAAAUCAGAUCAACGCUAUCAAGUCCUACUCUCUUAAAUCUCCCGGCUCGCAUCGUCACGCACAGCUAGAUAGCGCCGGCACCGAUCUUUGGAACUGGUGUGUUCAGAUUAAACGCGAAGACGGUAGUGAAGUAUCAUCAACGAGAAGGAAGCUCCUAACUUUCUGCCGGGUAUUCUCGUUCCUAAUUCUGGCGCUGGCGCAAUGGGGUGAUCAUAACACACCGGGUGAUCUCCUCCGCUUGGAAAAAUUGGCAAUCAAAACCGGCAGAUCUUGUAUUGUGGACGGCGAGCUCAAGUUUGCUCUCAUGGUUCUGCAGAAGGCCGCGGAAUAUAACGGGUUGUUGCAGAAUCUGCAGGCGAAGCUGCCGGAUGAGGAGUCUGACGCCUGCAGGAAACUAGAGGCAGAGUAUUUUACACUUCGUAUAGUUAUGAAGGCCUGGAAAGAAGACCGCCUUGACGUGGCGGACCAUCUAUACGAAAAGGUACAAGACUGCAAGCAUACUACUAACCCAGCAUCGGCAGAGAAUUUUGCCGACUCGUUUUUUGAGAUUGGGAAAGACUUAACAGUAAAGAAGAACUUCUCGCUGGCAGUAAAGUGGUUAGAACGGGCUUACGAAUUCAUCAACAGCCAAGACCUCGAGCAGCUACCAAGAGAGGUUAUCGAGUUGAGGCUAGCAGUGUCUCAGGCGCUCAUUCGCGCAUAUUUAAAUUUAAAUACGACUGAAGGCUUCAAAAAGGCCGAAAAUCAUGUCUGUUACGUUGAAUCCGAGCUCGGUGACAAGCUUGUUGUCCUUCUACUUAGGCUGGAACUCCUACUUAGCUCGCCGGCCGAAGUAUUCGACGGCAAUGCAUAUGCCGGUAUCCUUCGGCGGAUGAUCAGGAGCCAUGAAAUCUCAGAAUCAAGCUUCAAUCUUAUGAUACACCAUAUACGUAAGCUAGACGACAAGAGUCCGAGCCUGGCCUCCUCCGUUCUCGGCGAAUUUAUAACAUUGAGAGUGUUGCCCACCCAACAGGACACUUGGGUUGAACGGGCCAUCGUGCUUUGCACGCAGAUGGCAACGACACAUCGGGACACUCACGAAACAAUACAAGAACUCGGAACCGUAUUUGAUAGUGUCGAGGCUAGCUUAAAAAACCCAUUGUCAGCUGCUGCUGUUCUCGCCAUACAAAUACUCAUAUGGAAAAGGGUUGAUGCCUCAUUCAAUCAAGGAGAGCUGGAUAUUACAGAGAAAUGGUGCCACGUAGCCAUGCACCCAGCUCUUCGUAAUUCGGGUCCGGCGAAUACAGCAAAGAUCACUAGGAAAUUGGUGUGCUGCGCCCUUCAAAGAAACAGCUUGGAAAAUGCUGCAGAGAUCUUCCAAUCUAUGAGUGAAUCAACCAGAUGUGAGCCAAUGACAUUAUACCUCGCGUACAAAUUAGCUCUAAGGUGCGGAGACCGGGGAAUGGCCUCUGACUGUUUAAGACACAUUAGCGAGGCCUCGCCAAAAGAUCCUCAGUACCUGUACGCGUGUUGCAUAGACGCGCAGGAAGCGGAAGACAAAAUAUGCGCAAUCGAGGCGUUAAAGCAUUUGAUACAGAAAUCGGAAUACAGCUCGUCGGAUGCUGUUCAUCUACCAGCGCUGCUCCGGGUUGUUAUACGUCUCGAGACGUCGCUUAUGAACGAAAAAGAUUACAAGGAUGCUGACCGUAGCUUGUUAAUAGAUGAUAUCUGCCAAGUCUUCGAAGGGGUCGUACCAGCCAUACAGCGGGAUCCGCGGAAUAGCAAUGGCGAUAAGAUAUUCACAGUAGAAGAGCUAGAUUGGUUUGGUAAAAAUACCUAUAAUCUAGCGGUCAAAAACAUCAAUAUUUGGCAGCCGAGGCAAAGUAUUCGCAUCUUUCAAUGCUGCCUUGCAAUUAUAUUCCAAUAUCCCCAGGACAUACCAAUUCAAGCAGCUGAGGAUCUGUCACUACGCGCAAUGUUCUGUCAUUUUCUAAUGGCAACAUUACACAUUGCCCUAGCACGAUCUGAAGACAACAUCGAAACGCAGCUUCAAGACUAUCUCUUGAUGCGCAAUCAUGUUAAAGGUUUUGGCGAAGAACUAGAGGCUCGGCUAAACAGUCUAGACGAAGUGUCCAAGAACGACCUACGAAUGAAGCUUUCAACCCUUCUCGUCUUCGAUUUUGAAGGGGCUAUCUGUCUUAAGUCAUAG